GAGGAGCGGAUAUAGAUACCUAUCCCAACCCCUUCCUUGUUCAUCCAGUCUAAAUAAUUCGCUUUUCCCUGGAAAGGUCUUCUCCUCGUGCUCCCCCGUGCUAGGGUUUGCGGCGGACCCCAAGGGUUUUCACGGAAACGAGCGAGAUCUCGAGUGGGAAUUUGUUGUAGACGGUGAAUAUCAAGCCUUUGGCAACAAUGGCUGGACGGAGAAACAAUAAUGGGAAAAGAUCUUAUUCACAGUCUGACUACUCCGACAAUGGAGGAAGCAAGAGAAGAAAUCCUGGUGAAGAAAGAGACACCUAUGCUCCUGGGCCUGAAGAUACUGUUUUUCGUUAUUUAUGUCCUGGAAGGAAGAUAGGAAGUAUCAUUGGGAGGGGUGGAGAGAUUGUGAAGCAAUUAAGAUCUGACACGCAAGCAAAGAUCAGAAUUGGGGAGACUAUACCUGGUUGUGAGGAGCGGGUCAUAACCAUUUUUAGCACAAGGAGAGAAACCAAUACACUUGAAGAUGUUGGUGAUAUAGUUUGUCCUGCACAAGAUGCUCUCUUUAAGGUGCAUGAGCGGCUAGUUACUGAUGAGGCAGUUGACGAGGACAUUGAUGGAGACAACCCUCAAGUAACUGUUCGUCUGCUUGUGCCAUCUGAUCAGAUUGGAUGUAUUAUUGGGAAAGGAGGACAAAUCAUUCAAGGUAUUCGUAGUGACACUGGUGCACAAGUACGCAUUCUUAAGAAUGAGCACCUCCCUGCUUGUGCUAUUAGCAGUGAUGAGCUACUCCAGAUCGGUGGGGAAGCAUCAGUUGUAAAGAAGGCUCUUCUUCAAGUUUCAUCACGCCUUCAUGAUAAUCCAUCUCGUUCCCAGCACCUGCUUUCUUCUGGCACACCUCAAAUGUUACCAGUUGGUGGUCAGUUUGGGGUUCCAGGCACCACUGCACCAGUCAUUGGCAUUGGUCAACUGAUAAGUUCUUAUGGUGGUUACAAGGGAGAUGCAACAGUGGAUUGGCAAUCCUUUUACCCAACUCCAAGAGAUGAAACUGCUGGAAAAGAGUUCAGCUUGCGUCUUCUUUGCCCUUCUGCAAACAUAGGAGGUGUGAUAGGCAAGGGUGGUGUUAUUAUUAAGCAGAUUAGGCAGGAAUCUGGGGCAUCUGUCAAAGUAGAUAGUUCAUCUGUGGAAGAUGACUGCAUAAUCACAAUUACUGCAAAAGAGUUCUUCGAGGACCCAAUCUCUUCAACGAUAGAUGCAGCAGUACGCUUGCAGCCCCGGUGUAGUGAAAAAACUGAAAGAGAAUCUGGUGAACCUUCUUACACCACCCGCCUUCUUGUUUCCACAUCACGGAUUGGUUGUCUAAUUGGUAAAGGAGGAUCAAUUAUUUCUGAGAUGAGGAGGUCGACACAAGCAAAUAUUCGUAUACUCUCAAAAGAAAAUGUACCCAAAGUUGCUUCUGAAGAUGAUGAGAUGGUUCAGAUUAGUGGAGACAUUGACACUGCAAGAAAUGCACUCGUACAAGUGACAACACGUCUGAAAGCCAAUUUUUUUGAAAGAGAGAAUGCACUAUCUUCAGUUCCUGCUUCUAUUCCAUAUCAUCCUUUGCCAAAUGAUGCUUCUGAGGGGUCAAGAUACGGGAGCAGGGAUGCUAAGGCACAUGGACGCGGGUUUUCUUACUCUGGUGGAUACGGUUCUUCUAGUGAUUUGGUAACCUCUGAUACUUAUGGAAGUUAUGGUGGUUCUCAGGGUGGUGGUAGCAGCUAUGGAGCUUAUGGUGGAUACUCUUCUCGACAUGGAAGUUCUGGGUUAUCUGGUCAAAACACAGUUUCUCACGGGAAACAUCGUGGUUAUUAGAAUCCCCAGUGACUAGGGCAAACAGUUGUCUGAGAAGCCUGGAGCCAGCCUAUACGAAGCCUCAAGCCUAAACCAGAAGAACAGAUGAACAGAGCCUGAGAUAGUAAUGCCCACAUACAAUGAUGAUACCAUUUAGUUUCCUCCACGCCCUUCGCUUUAUACCAGGCCAUAUUUGCAUAACCAUGGGCCCAGCUUAAAGCCCCACCUUCUCUCGAACAAUGUUUUAAGGAUUAUAACUGUUUGUACUUUGAACCUCAAGCUCUUCCUCAAAUUGUGAAUGUGGAGUCAUUUGCCUAUAUUAUGGAUGUUAUCUUUGAAAUGAAACCCUGUCGUGGAAGGUGCUUGUCAUGCUUGAUCAA